UAUCCAUUCGAUUGCUUCGCGAGGCCUCUCGAGAUUAAGCACGCAUAGGAAAAAGUAACUGAGGGAUUCUCUAGAGGAUCUCUUCACACGGAUCGAGGCGCAUAUAACGAGAGACCAUGAAGGUUACGGACAAGGAGUCGGACAAGAAGAAGAGCAGCCUUUCCUGCGCAGAAUGUAGGAGAUCAAAGAUAGCGUGUGACAGGGUAUUCCCUUGCCAGUCGUGCAUUAAACGAGGAUGCGCCUCCCUAUGCCCUAAUGGCACCAUGCCAGCGACGAAGGGCAAUAAAGUCCUCCUCGCUCACUCGCAGAAGCUUGGGGAACACGUCAAGUCCCUUCAGAACCGCGUCCGCGAACUCGAAGCCGCCCUCGCCGCUUCUCGCGAUGAUCACCCCCUCCUUCAACCCGAGCAGCUGCCAGGGACGUCUACGGAUGACGACGUCCAGCGCGUGACAAAUGCUAUAGGAAUGCUUUCCAUCGGCGCAGAUGGGCAAGCACGAUACCAGGGUGAUAGCGCGCAGUCGGAGUUCAUCUCGGGCAUUCUCAAUGAAGAUGACUACGAUACCGUCAACAUAUAUUCGUUGGGCCUACCCGCAGAGAUCAUCGACCUCGUCAAUACCUUCCCUUUCGGCCAGAAGACCCCGUCAUGCACGAAAGACGUGUUCUUGCCGUGGUUGCCACCGCGAGAGCGCGCGGUUCAGAUGGCUCACCUGUUUUACCAAAGGGAGGCCUGGAUGUUCUGCCCUAUAACGGAGAAGGACUUCCAUGCGUCCGUGCUACAACCCCUAUACGAAAACGCCGGGAAGAAGUCCCUGUGCUCCUUCCACGCCCACAAACUAGCGCUCUUCUUCGCACUCAUCGGAAUUGGCGCGCUGUUUGACAAGGGUGACAACGCCGCAGGACCACGAGCGCAUCAGUACAUUUACCUCAGCCGCGCGGCGGUUGCCUUCCACUCAAUGUUGCAGGAGGCCACCUGCGCGACGGUACAGACUAUCUUUUUGCUGGUUCGGUUCAUAUAUCGGGCGGAGCAACAGAGGAAGAACGAAGAGCGAUGGGUUCUUUGUGGCUUGUGCUCGAGGUUGGCGUCUAUUAUUGGACUGCAACGAGACUCCGCGGGGUGGGAGCUUGAUCCAGAAGAGGUUGAGCGUCGAAGGUUGAUGUUCUGGGAAUUGUACAUCUACGAGACGUCGGCAGCUCUGGCAUACGGACGACCACCAGCUCUCAUGAUACAGCACGCCGACACCAAAUUCCCUGCCGACUGGGAACGAGAAUCAACUCCCGAUGGCAGUGCCACGCCGGACAAGGACGCGCAGAACAUCAGCUUCCAUGCCUGGAAGCACCGAUGGGCUGCAACUGUCUUGUCCCAUGUUGCCAUGCAUAUCUUCUCGACGCGUUCUCCGUCGUACAAGGCGGUCCUCGAGCUCGACAAGCGGAUCCGCAACUUUCCGAUACCACCGCAUUUGCGUUCGCCCGCUGUGUAUCCUGUACCGGCUGGGUGUGCAUGGGCGGAGGAUGGGACGAAGGCGAUGCAGCAAUUCUGUGUUGUGACAAUGCUGCAAGGGCACUUGUUGUACAUACACAGAAGCUACGCUGGGGCUGCGUUACGAGCAGAAGGGGAUCCUCUGGCACAUGCCUUCGCGCCCUCGGUUCUGGCUGUGUACCGGUCUUCCUGUCAGAUAGUAACCGGCAUAAAGGAUUUAAUGGGGAAGCACCAGGAAAUGCUGGCUGAGUGCUGGUUUUUCUGGAGUCUGCUCUUUUCCUCAUGCAUGGUCUUGGCGACUAUUGUCAUCGAGGCUCGCGAGAGCUCUCUAGCCGCGGAAGCGCUGAAGUAUCUGGAGACUGCCGCCCCACUAUUUGAGAAGGGUUCAUUGAUGUGCAGACCACCGGCUACCGAGGUGAGCCUUCCGACUUAUUGUCUUUGA